CAAUACGUAGGCUUGGUGUGUGGAAAAACUACUGGGAAUACAUUUUUAGAUCUGGGUUCGACUAGGUCUGUUAAGAACCCAUUCCUCUUCAAUUUAGAAUAUACUAUAAACUCUCACAAAAAAAAAAAAAAAAAAAGAAAAAGAAAAACCCCCGUCCAUGGAAUUUCCACCUUCCUCAAUUGAAGCCCAGCUCCAAACUAUUAAGGAAACCAUGUUUUCAGACAUGGAUCCUUAUUCAUUGGUUAUGCCUUCGGCUUAUGAAACAGCAUGGUUAGCCAUGAUACCUGAUUCCCACCAAAACAUGAAUCCCAUGUUCAUGAGUUGCCUGAAUUGGGUGCUCAACAACCAGCAAGAAGAAGGGUUUUGGGGAGACUGUGAUAGCCAUGGCAACUCCACCAUUGAGUGCCUUACCUCUACUCUUGCUUGCAUAAUUGCGCUCAAGAGAUGGAAUGUUGGGGCUAAAAUGAUAGACAAAGGACUGGAAUAUGUGCAUUCAAAUGCAAAGAAGCACCUGAAUGAAAUCAAGGAUGAUCAAUGUCCUCGUUGGUUUGCGAUUGUUUUCCCAACAAUGGUUGAACUUUCCCAAACAGUUGGUUUGAAAAUCGAAUUAAAAGAAAUGGAGUCAGAGACACUCAAUCAAAGGCAACGAAUUCUUAAAACAGAGCGACUUGUCGAAAGCUGCCAUUAUCCUCCAUUACUAUCAUAUCUUGAAGUGUUGCCUUCUUCAUAUUAUAUUGAUAAUGAAGAUAUAACCAAGCAUUUUUGUGAAGACGGCUCGUUGUUUCAAUCUCCCUCUGCUACAGCUUUUGCAUUUAUGGUCACAGGGAAUAAGCAAUGCUUGAGUUAUUUAGAAUCGCUAGUUCAAAGAUGUCCUAAUGGAGUUCCGACCACGUAUCCCAUGGAUGAAGAGCUUAUAAAGCUUUGCAUUAUCAACCACCUGCACAGGUUGGGGUUGGCUGAGCAUUUCGGGCCAGAGAUUGAAGAGAGUCUUGAACAAUUUUACAAGAACUACACAAAUCGAGAAUCAUGGGCAAAACCCAUCAAUUCAAUAGAAGUUCAGCUGUUGAAAGAUUCUUUAGCUUUUCGGCUCCUGAGGAUGCAUGGGUAUAACGUAUCGCCAUGUAGCAUCUGUUGGUUUUUAUGUGAUGAAAAAAUUAAGGAUGCAAUACAAAAUAAUCCUGACCGCUUUGUGAAUGUAAUGCUUAACAUUCAUAGAGCUACAGAUCUCAAGUUUUCCGGAGAACAUGAACUUGACGAGGCAAGAUCUUUCUCAAGGAGUCUACUUCAAAAAUCCAUCUCAAUGGUGGGAGCUGAUCAUGAUCAAAAUCCAAUUCGUACAUUGGUUGAACAGGAGUUGAAACUUCCAUGGACUGCUCGUUUGGAUCAUCUGGAACACAGAAUUUGGAUCGAAGAAAAUCAAGGCGACCUAUUGUGGAGGGGAAAAACCUCAUUCCAAAGGUUGUCAAGUAUUCAUAAUGACAAACUAGUUCUGCUUGCAAAACAAAACUAUGAGUUUAGGCAGUCCAUCUAUAAGAAGGAACUUCAAGAGUUGAAAAGGUGGUCUAAGGACUGGGGACUCAACGACAUGGGAUUUGGUAGAGAGAAAACUAUGUAUUGCUACUUUGCCAUAGCAGCCAGCUUUUCCCUGCCAUAUGAUUCAGAUGUACGAAUGAUAGUCGCAAAGAGUGCCAUACUGAUUACAGUUGCUGAUGAUUUUUUUGACAUGGAAGGCUCGUUAAGCGAUUUGGAAACUCUCUUGGAUUCUAUUGAAAGAUGGGAUUGUAGUGGAUUGAGCAAUCAUGGUAAGAUAAUCUUCAAUGCCCUUGAUAAUCUUGUACAAGAAAUGGCAGCCAAGUACCUUCAACGUCAAGGAACUGACAUAACCAACCAUAUUCGAGAAAUAUGGUAUGAAACAUUUGAUUCUUGGAUGACGGAGUCCAAGUGGAGUAGGAAUGAGAGAGUACCAUCUAUAGAUGAAUAUCUUAAAGUUGGGAUGACCUCAAUUGCCACACACACCAUAAUUCUUCCAGCUUCAUGUUUUAUGAACCCAAGCUUACCACCUUCCAAACUUCGUCCUCCUCAAUAUGAAAACAUUACAAAACUAGUUAUGGUUAUUGCCCGUUUGUUGAAUGACAUACAAAGUUAUCAGAAGGAAAAAGAUGAAGGCAAAUUGAACUCCAUUUUACUCUGCUUGGAAAAAAACCCAGAGUUAGAUGUGGAAGAGUUAACCGCUAAUGUGAGAGGAAUAAUAGAAAAGAAGAAGGAAGAGUUUCUUGAACAAGUUCUAAUGGAUGGUUUUGCUGAUCUGCCCAAACCAUGCAACCAACUCCACCUCUAUUGCUUGAAAGUAUUCCAGAUGUUUUUUAACUCAUCCAACCUAUACGACUCCAACAUGGAAUUGCUUGGUGAUAUUGGGAAAGCAAUCUAUAUUCCCCUGGAAAUCCAAUCCUCUAAAUCAUUAUUGCAUCUUCAGGAACCAAAGUCAAAGAAAGUUGAUCUUCCUCUGAAAUUUCAAAAUUCGAAGCCUAAUCUGAAACCAUUGCCACUGUCUCCUAAAGUUCCCAUAACAAACUGUCACAUUAAUCGGCCCUCCAACCAUUUGGUCUGGUCUACUAAUUUAAGCAUGCAUCGGCUUCCUAAGACUAGUACUUCACGGAAUGGGUACUGGAAAAUGACAAGGCCUGGACCAAACUUCAGUGUCUGUUUCUUUUGAGCAAAUCAUAUAUUUCCUUUCUUCUUUCCUAUUAUUAAAGAAAGUACCAGUAGUUAUAUCUCUACAUCAGAUCCAUAUUAUAAGCUUCUGUCGAGCCAUGUUGUAUGUGUCUAUUUAUUGUCCAUAUAAGAAGUAGAUUUUUGUUAAAGAAGGUUGUAAACAUACUUUACCACGUGCUGUUCAUCUACUAGUAGAAAAAGGUUUUAGUUAGUUAAGUCAAUUGUCUGGUAUACAAACAUUACUACUAGACACAUUUUAUUCUCUCUGUAUUUCGUAAAAAUUGCUAUAUAUGAAGCUUCAGAUUCUCUCUCUC